CGGGUGGCGGGCACCGUGGUGGGCGAAGCGGUGCAGCGGUAUAGCAAGGAGAAGAGGGAUGCCAUCUCGCUGGCCAUCAAGGAUAUUAAGGAGGCCAUCGAGGAGGUGAAAACCAGGACCAUCCGUUCGCCUUACACCCCCGACGAGCCCAAAGAGCCCAUCUGGGUCAUGCGCCAGGACAUCAGCCCCACCAGAGAUUGCGAUGACCAGAGGCCUGGGGAUGGAGACUCUCCCUCUCCAGGCAGCUCCUCGCCCCUGGGCGCAGAGUCUUCAAGCACACCCCUUCAUCCCAGUGACCCCGCGGAAGGCUCCGCCAACAAAGAGUCAAGAAAAAGCUUGGCUUCAUUCCCAACCUACGUUGAAGUUCCCGGACCUUGUGACCCUGAAGACUUAAUCGAUGGAAUCAUUUUUGCUGCCAAUUACCUUGGCUCUACCCAGCUGCUCUCCGACAAAACUCCCUCCAAAAACGUGCGCAUGAUGCAGGCCCAGGAAGCGGUGAGCAGGAUCAAGAUGGCCCAGAAAUUAGCCAAAAGCAGGAAGAAGGCUCCAGAAGGCGAGUCUCAGCCAAUGACCGAAGUGGAUCUCUUCAUUUCUACGCAGAGAAUCAAAGUAUUGAAUGCUGACACACAGGAGACGAUGAUGGACCACCCUCUGAGGACCAUUUCCUACAUCGCAGACAUCGGGAACAUCGUCGUGCUGAUGGCCCGCAGGCGGAUGCCACGCUCCAACUCCCAGGAGAACGUGGAAGCCUCGCACCCGUCCCAGGAUGGGAAAAGGCAGUACAAGAUGAUCUGCCACGUCUUCGAAUCUGAGGACGCCCAGCUGAUCGCACAGUCCAUAGGGCAGGCGUUCAGCGUGGCUUACCAGGAAUUCCUCAGGGCCAACGGGAUUAACCCUGAGGACCUCAGCCAGAAGGAGUACAGCGACCUGCUCAACACCCAGGACAUGUACAACGACGACCUGAUCCACUUCUCCAAGUCGGAAAACUGCAAAGAUGUCUUCAUAGAGAAGCAGAAAGGAGAGAUCCUGGGUGUGGUGAUCGUGGAGUCCGGCUGGGGCUCCAUCCUGCCGACCGUGAUCAUAGCCAACAUGAUGCAUGGCGGGCCUGCCGAGAAGUCGGGGAAGCUGAAUAUCGGGGACCAGAUCAUGUCCAUCAACGGCACCAGCCUGGUGGGCCUGCCUCUGUCCACCUGCCAGAGCAUCAUUAAGGGCCUGAAGAACCAGGCCCGGGUGAAGCUGAACAUUGUGAGGUGCCCGCCGGUGACCACCGUGCUGAUCCGGAGGCCGGACCUUCGCUACCAGCUGGGUUUCAGCGUCCAGAACGGAAUUAUCUGCAGCCUCAUGCGAGGGGGAAUAGCCGAGAGGGGAGGCGUCCGCGUGGGGCACCGGAUCAUCGAGAUCAACGGGCAGAGCGUGGUCGCCACCCCCCAUGAGAAGAUCGUCCACAUCCUCUCCAACGCUGUGGGGGAGAUUCACAUGAAGACGAUGCCGGCUGCCAUGUACAGGCUGCUGACGGCCCAGGAGCAGCCCGUGUACAUCUGAGGCCGCGCCCACCGCCCGGCGCUUGCAUGGAGGACUCUCCUCGCUCGUGGUUGUGUUUCUCGUGCUGCAUCUGUGUGCCCACUGAGACUUCCCCUCGUGCCCAGCAUUCGGUCUACACAGGAAGGAAGGAAUCCGUCAAGACUUUGCUCUCUGUCUCUCUCCUGUUUACUUUUUUUUUUAAUACCAGGGAAGUUUUGUAUGCACUCCCCUGAGGAUGGAGAGCAGCCAGUAUCCACCUGGUAUCUGCCCAGGACUGGACUGUCCUGAGGGCCCUCGGGGGCUGGCACCGCCCAAGGGGGAAUGCUCCCUUCCCAAGAGGGGCCGGCCUCUUAGAGGAGCUCGGAGGACAGCAAGCAGCUGACUCAGCAGUGCCUACAAGCCCAUCACUGAUCUCUGCUCUCCUCGAGUAAGUGUGUGGGAAUACAGUGGUGACAUACCAGCCCACCAUGUACGUGGGGCACCAUACAUUAUUUCUGCCCAGAAUUUCUGAGCCGACCUAAGGCUCCUUUUAUAGUUCCAAUUUCAACACAAUUGUUUUCUAAUAGGAGCCCCUCCCCCAAGGAUGUCACCAUGUGUUGGCAAUUCCUGGGACAUCAUAGCUUCUGGGUUGUCUUGAGGUUACACACUGUUAGAUGAACGUGGGCAGGUGCUGCCUGCCUCCAUCCAUGUCACCCACCUGUAUGUACACACAGUCUCACAUAUAUAUCACCCUCCCCUCCUCCCCUCCUCCCAGGAAGCACACAGAGCCCCUGGAGAACCCCCAUUACCUCUGUGUGAGCCCCCCUCCCCUGGCUGCUGAGACCCUGGGGCUGGUCAGCUCUGUCCUGGGAGAGAUGCCCUUCUGUGGCUCAGGCCCAGCCCUGCCAGCACCAUCUGGGCUCAGUGUUCUGGUGGCUCCCCUUCCACACACACACACACGGAGCCUGGGAAGGCAGGACUGCUCACCUGGAAGACGGGGAUGCAGGUGCGUUUGUGUGACAUUUGCUCCUCUGCUCGGGGCCACUAGGCAGUAUUCGACCUGUGAACAGCCAGGAGAGCACAUAAACCACAGAACUAAGGGGACAAUCAUGACCUCAAGCUAUGCCCGAGUCCCCAGCAUGCUCCCGAAACUUCCCCUUGCUGCCUCGUGGGUCUGAGCGUUUAAUCGGUGUGGAGUGUUACGUGUUUUUUUUUAUCAGGUGCCUCAUGUGUAUGAGUCCCGUCUCAGUUCGGUGAAAAUAUUUUAGUAAUUUUAUUCUGAGCCAGUUUUUACUUAUUCUUUGGUCCAAAGAGCAUUUUGUUUUCAUGUGGACGGGGUGUGGCUUGGUUUUUGUUGUGUUUUGUUCAUGACCUCCGCAGAGACGGGGAAGAGAGAAACUAAUAUAUUUUAUAAUAUUAAUAUAGUCCCUGUUCUCUGCACGUGGGAUAUUUAUGUUGUGCUUGUGGGAGCAGGAAGUCGGUGAGCACAUGCUGGGUAGUAUGUAUUUAUAGAUCGAAUGUGGAGGGGUUUCAGGGAGGGAGAAGAGCGAAUAUAAAGAUGAGGAACAGGAGACUUGGACCAGACAGCUGUGUUCUGUCUGUUCUCUGGGGAUCUCUGUACCUUCUGAGUUUUCUGCCUGAAUGUUUCAAAGCCAUCAGUGGCGAUGGCUCGCUCGGUGUGUGGUCAGAGCGCUGGGGAGGAGGGGCGGCACCUCCUCCAGGGGAGCCGGUGGGCAGUCAGGAACCCUGGGUCCCGGUUCCCACUUUCCAACUGUAGAGUGGCUUGGCUGGUGCUGUAAUGAAAUACUACAGAGUCCUAGUUCAACGUCCUCUGCCAGAAAGAGUCGUGAAACAAGAAUGCAGCGGCAUGGGUGGCAUUUCAGGCCUCAGGAGCCUGAGGAAUCCUCGGAGGGCUCACCCUGUCUGCCCCCGGGGUGACCGCGGGGCCACCUGCCCAAGCGCCUGUUCGGAAGCCGCCGAGAUGGGCCAGGAAUGGAAACUCCGCUAGCUUGUCCCUCUGCAGCCUCCCAGUAAUUACAGUGGUGUGUCUUCACCCAAAGAGGGAGGAGAGAGAACCCCCUUUCUAUGCUACUGCACGGAAAACUUAGGAAGUUUGCCAGGGGCUGGAAAAGGCAACUUGAUAAGCUCGCCUAGAGGAGUGACAUGGCCUUGCCUACGAGGAGGAUCGUUCCCCACCACCCUCCUUCCUGCUAAGAGUGGCCCCGCACACACAGCGAGCACAUGUUUAUGAGCUCAGCACAUGGUCACCCCCCGAGGGAGGAAGUGCAGCUCCCUUUGGUUAACCGGGAGGCAGGACCCUACAUGUUAGUAGCUCUGGUUUUGGAAGCCCCAUGGGAAGUGGUGGUCAGUGUCUCCUGACAUUCCAGUAUGAACAGUUGUACAUGUGAACAUCUGGAUACCCAUGUGAUGGGCAAGACCAUGCACCGAGCAUCCCAAACAUGGCCUGGGCGCAGAGCUGCUCCAUGAGGCAUGCUGAUGACUCCCAGCUUCCCCACUACCCCCGCCCCUGUGCUCCCUCCUGGUCCAGCCAGCAUGCACCGGUACCCACCCCACUCGCCUUCUCAGAUGCGAACAUUUCAGGGAGCCACCAUCAGCCUCGGGUUCCCAAGUGGAGGAAACCCCCAAGAUCGAUGCCUGGAGCCCCCUCCCCUCACUGGAGCAGGCUCUGCGGGGCCUGGGGCCCCCAGGGGGCUGGACUCCAAGGCUCUGCUUCGUGAACAUGACCCAUGCACACCGGCCUCUGAGGGUCCCAGAGUAACCUACUACCUCCCCCAUGGCUCCCGUCACCCCCACGCCCCAUCCGCACACUGAGGACACCAUCCAGGAGCCAGGGGUGUGGCUGUCACCAAUGUUUACAACCAAGGGCCACCUCCCCGUACACCUGUUCACUCUCCCACUCACAUGCCACUUGUUUUGUGAUUAUCUGUCUGCUCCUUUCCUGGUUUGGCCGACCUACACACACACACACACACACACCCUCAAGGCAGCGCAGAAGGAGGUGUGGGAAGGAGGUUUUGUGUACAUACCCAGCACAGCCCCUUCCAGGACGAACCUGUACUAUUGUUCUGUAAAGAGGGUAAAAUAGAGCUUAUUGUAAAGCAGUGGGAGAAUAUAGUAUUGUAUUUGUACCGAUAUCGUUCUUUGUAUACACAGAACCCAAUGAUCUCUAUAUAUAAAUAUAAAUAAAUAUAUAAAUAAAGUAUA